AUGGCAGGUUCAUUGAUCAUUGGCGUCGCGUAUGGGCUCGAGGUGAAACCAAAGGAUGACCCUUACGUCGAGACUGCUGAGAAGGCGCUUCACGCGAUGGCCAUGGCGGGAAAUGCUGGCUCGUUCUUAGUCGACUACAUACCAAUACUGAAGUAUAUUCCCGCAUGGUUCCCUGGUGCGAGCUUCCAGCGCAAAGCUCAGGAAUGGAGGAAGGCAACUACAGCCAUGGUUGAAGCUCCCUUUGCGGCAGUGAAGAAGGCCAUGGUUUGUCUUGGUGUCUAUGGAUCCGCUCAGCUCUGA